AUGCACCGAGUUCCCAGGGCUCAAGGUCUCGGGGCCAGCCAUGGUUCAAAUCCAAAUUCGGAUAACAGAGACGAUAGUAAAAGAGCGGCGAACACUUCAGCGGCCCUUCAAGGGGCGACUCUGGCCUUUGCGUCACGGACAGAUCAGAAACAGAUGCAGAGCAGCAAUAGCUCAGAGGCUACGAUACCAACCAGACAGCCAGCGGGGCGGACUAUCAAUAAUGGAGCCAGACAGGCAGCUAUGAUCGCGGACGCCGCAACCAACAAUCGAGCCACUGGCGCCAGAUUAGAGGCUGGCGAGGAGGAGUUAGACGACCCAUCUUCGUGUGGUAUUGGAGCGGUUAAGGAUAGGAUCCAGCUGUUUUCUAGUACGGACGAGAGUGGAGGUUCUACCACAGCAGCUCCGGUUCCACAGCCGGCCGAGUCUGCGAAAUCUGCAACGUCGCUGCGGAACGGCAACCCGACGACCUACAGAAAUACCACUGCAGAUUCUGGCAUUGUAACGCAGCCAAAAUUAGGACUCAACAACCCCCAACAUAUCGCAGCUAAACUUGCCGUCGAUAGAUCUGCCGUAUCCAAAUCCAAAUCCAAAUCCGGAUCAGGGUCAUCCUCACCCCGGCCCGCAGCAACUGCUGCUGCCACUACGACGAUAAGCUCACGGAGAACCAGGGAAUAUCAGGAGCUUAUUACACAUGACCCGCAGCGAGCUCUGGGUUCAUCAACGACUUGUGACGCCGAUAUUGAUAUCUCCAGCAGCUCCUGGGGUGCCAGGAAGCAUGCAUCUCUGAGCUCGGAGGUGACCGAGGCAAGAGAAUCAUCUGCUGCACAGAAUAUGCCGGCACAACAGAAAUAUGGAGUCAAUGCUGCUCCUCCGCUCCCGAACAGGUCAGUCGCCGCAGGGACUUCAUCUCCUCGAAAGAAGAUGGAUUCUGAAUCUGACCGGGGGUCGGUUCUUUCCCCUCCUCCUCCUCCUCCACCACCACCUUCGCGGCUUAGAUCUGCUAGUCCGCCCCCGGCUCUACCUCCAAGGUCAUCUAUGAUCCAUCAGACAAAGGAGAAACCGCCCCCUCCAGCUCCUCGCCAUUCAGCAGCAGCAUCUGCAUCAACAUCGUCUAUCAUCGACAAUCCUGCAACUCCACGUGGACCACUUCCUUCCCUGCCUCGCCCGCUCCCGCAUCCGCACCCGCACCCGCAUACACAGACACAGACACGCCCAAUUCCACUGCAACCCCAGAAUUCUGGGGUAUCCGGGAGCUCGUUGGCGGAUGCGAUUGCAGCCUCGUCUCUGGCAUCAUCCCGCACUCCCUCGCCCUCCAAGCAAACCCAACCUCCGCUACCGCCCAGCCGGCGAUCAAGAUCGAGGUCGUUUCUGCACGUUACCCACAGUGGCAACAAGAAUGACCACCGCCGUGACCUGCUCAGACGACAGAGAAGUCCGAGCAGGACACCCAGCCCGAGCAAGACGACGGCCAUGAAACGAACAAUGCGCGCACCGGCCCAGCCCGAACCCGACUUUGCUGGAGGCGGCCAUCGAAGCAGAGAGCACAGCCACCGGAGAAUCAUCCGAACGCACCCGCAUAAGCACCGGGAAGGCGAUCGAAAGCGCUGGCGGGACCAGGUGACUGGAACCGAAAGAAAGCGUUACGAGGGAGUUUGGGCGGCAAACAAGGGCCUCUUCAUAGACGUGCACGAGCAGGUCAACCUCAAGGACAAGUCAGCCGUGCUCGAGGAGAUGGUAACUAGCAUGGUAGUCCGCGACAUCUGGACUCGAAGUAGGCUGCCGACGCAUAUGUUGGAACAGAUCUGGAAUCUUGUCAGCCACCAUGCAUACGGAUUGUUGUCUCGGGAGGAAUUUGUAGUGGGAAUGUGGUUGAUCGACCAAUGUCUUAAAGGCCACAAGUUACCCGUGAAGGUGUCACAGAGCGUAUGGGAUAGCGUGAGGUCGGUUUCAGCUGAGUCAAUGGGCCAUCACUAG